UCCCGCUCUGCGUGUGACGUGAAGGACCUCCUUCCUCUCAGACUCAGCAGCAGUAAUGGCGGACUACGAUGAUCGGGCCUACGGCAGCUUCGGCGGCGGCAGAGGGCCCCGUGGCGGCGGCGGCCCCGGAGGCCCCAGGAAGCAGAAGGAGCUGCCCACGGAGCCCCCGUUCACAGCCUACGUAGGAAACCUGCCCUUCAACACAGUGCAGGGAGACAUCGACCUCAUCUUCAAAGAGCUCAACAUCCGCAGCGUGCGAUUGGUCCGAGACAAAGAAACAGACAAGUUCAAAGGUUUUUGUUAUGUUGAGUUCGAUGAUCUGGAGUCUCUAAAAGAAGCGUUGACGUAUGACGGCGCCUUGUUAGGUGAAAGGUCACUCAGGGUGGACAUCGCAGAGGGGCGGAGGCAAGAGCGAGGAGGAGGAGGAGGCGGCUUCGGCUUCAGGAAAGAUGACGGCAGAGGAGGAGGAGGAGCAGUCUUCAUCCUCUUCCUCACCUCCUCUGACUCCAACAGGUUCUGGUUUUGCUUUUGUUCAGAUCUGCUGCUUUCUAACGCCUGCUCUGAUUGGCUGAUGGGACACUAACAAGCUCCGCCUCCUUCCUGCUGUCUGUAGAAGGAGGUGCCUCCUCCUCUUCCUCGCUGGUUUUUCUGCUCCUUAGUUUCCUUCCUGUCCUCCCCCUCACUCUUCCUCUCCUCCUUCUCUCCUCCUUCCUCUUCCUCUC